AGUGACACUACAAAUCAUUCUGCAAGGCUACUCCUCAGCUCACAGCUUGUCUCAGCGACUUCAGUGCCUUCCCUCUCCUCUCCCGCUCCGCUGGGCAGUGUUGGUGCAGUCAGUAGCUGGAUAUACCCUUCCCAUCAGCAGGUCCACUCCUUCACGUGUGGAAAAAAAACCUCUUUAGCAACACUCAGAAGCCAUGGCAGAGAUUACCGGAACAUUCCGCAUGGUGUCGGAGGAGGAGCAGGCGCUCCGAUCCAAACUGGAGAGGCUCACCGUCAAGGAUCAUGGACCGGUCUUCGGGGUUUGUGACAAACUGCCUCCUCACACCAUCCAGAAGGCGAAGGACGAGAUGAGCGAGACGGAUGAGAAGCAGGAGAGUGCGGUGAAGGAGCUGCGUGCGCUGAUGCAGAAGAAGGAGGACGCCGGAGAGGACGCUGGCAAGUCCGUGGCAGAGCGCAUGCUGGACAAGCCCGACGCCAUCCUCCUGCGCUUCAUCCGCGCCCGCAAAUACGACGUCACCCGCGCCUACGAGCUCAUUAAAGGGUACGUCCGUUUUCGGGAGCAUUACCCUGAGCUCUUUGAGAACCUGACCCCCGAGGCGGUGCGCAGUACCAUCGAGGCGGGGUACCCUGGGAUCCUCUCCAGCAGAGACAAGUACGGCCGCGUGGUGCUGCUCUUCAACAUCGAGAACUGGGACUAUGAGGAGAUCACCUUCGAUGAGAUCCUGCGUGCCUACUGCGUGAUCCUGGAGAAGCUGCUGGAGAACGAGGAGACGCAGAUCAACGGGUUCUGCAUCAUCGAGAACUUCAAGGGCUUCACCAUGCAGCAGGCCACCGGGAUAAAGCCCACCGAGCUCAAGAAGAUGGUGGACAUGCUGCAGGACUCGUUCCCAGCCCGGUUCAAGGCGGUCCACUUCAUUCACCAGCCGUGGUACUUCACCACCACGUACAAUGUGGUCAAGCCACUGAUGAAGGGCAAGCUCCUAGAGAGGGUCUUCGUUCACGGGGACGAGUUGGAAUCCUUCUUCAAGGAGAUCGAUGCCGACAUCCUGCCCUCGGAUUUCGGUGGGAAGCUGCCCGCGUACGACGGGAAGGCGACGGCUGAGAAGCUGUUCGGUCCGCGGAUCGAGUCCGAGGACACGGCUCUCUAACCCUGACGCUCCCCAGCGACAGAAGGAUAAGAGCUCAGCGAAACGAGAAAGAGUCAAUAAUAGGGUUGCUGUAUUAGAUUUCUGUAAGAGGCAGUCAAGAAACACUGUGAUUUCGAGGAGCGGAUUAAAACCGUGCACCAGAAAAAAACUGAACCAACGCAAACUAAAACCCAGAAGGCAGAUUUCCGGCUCGUUUUAUUUAUGAGAUUUGUAUUAUUCUCCCCGGGACCAGUUUCAAACGUACACCGGCUCGCUGCGGCUCGUAAUGACUUCUGCUUUCUCGAGAUCCUGGGAUAAAUGAUCUCACGAUCGCGACAUAACGAAUCCCCUGCUCCCCCAUGGCCUCAACGAGCCACCGUACAAACGCACAGAAAAUAUCAUUAAGUGACUGUGCAAAACGACUCCCCGCUAUAACAAAUAAAAUAGUUUUGAUAUAUUGUACAGGAUAAGUGCUACAACUUAUAUAUAUAUAUAUAUAUAUAUAUAUAUAUAUAUAUAUAUAUAUAUAUAUAUAUAUAUAUAGUAAAUAAGAACUGGAGAAGAGGGCUAUAGUGGAAAAUUAUUGACCCGAGGGAAGACUGUUGUUACCGACAGGGGGCUACAAUGCCCGAAGCCGCAGGAGGUAACAGUAGUCUUCCUGAGGGGCAUUUAAUUUUCCACUAUGGCUGAGUGUGCAGUACAUAUUUAAUAUAUGAAUCAGUGAAGGAAAUAAGUGAGGCAAGGUUGGAUAGUAGAUAUGACUUUAUAUAUUUUGUUUAAGUAUUGCUGAUACAGCAUAAGUAAAUAAAUAACAUAAAUAACGCACAGUUAUCAAAGUUUUUUGGCAUCCAGCUCUCCGUCUGGCUUGCUGACUGCUGCAUAAUCCAGUUUAUAUCCCGGCCGUCAUAUUUGUAUACAUCAUCGAGUUGAAUUUGUUUGAAUUUCAGUAAGUCAGAAAACAGUGAACGUGACGUUUUAAUCACCAUUUGAGUGUUUGGAGCAUCUUUCUUUCUUUUGUAGUAUGUUUUGUAAUUCAUUUUCUGUUAAGUCACAGAAUCGCUAAUCAGCAGUUUCUUCACAUUCAGCCAUUGUCUCUCGUUGUGAGGAGUGGAGAUGAAAGACGUUCCUUUGAAAAGGGGCAGGACUGACAGUGAUGUGAACCAAUCACAUGACAGAGGGAGACUAUUGUCCGGUGGUGUGAGGAUGUUAAGGCAAUAGUUAAAUCUAUUUUUGCUCCUGUGAUUUUUGAAUGUUGCUUGGGCAGAGUGUUGAUGUAGAGCCCCAGGCUCUGGCACAGUAAGUAUUGUGGAGGCAGGCAGGGGGUGCUGCUGUAGGACAGGCAGGUUGCUGAGGAUGGUACAAUGCUAGGCAUUGCCAAUGCAGGAAGGUGCAAUAGAGACUCAGGUAAAUGUAAUAAACAGAUAAUACGAGGCAGGAUGAAUAAGGUUGGACGUACAAGAUCUCAUGAAAAAUAAACCAGCUGGAUAUUUUUGGGUCUUGAUUCUCAAAGCUUUAUAUUCACAAUUGUCAGGAAGAAUGCGCCCUAUCAGCGGUAAAGAACGGAGACAUUUCAAGCAGAGAUGUAGCGAUGAGAUUGUGCUCAAACCGAUUUGGAGCACAAAGCUUUGAGAAUCUGGCUCUUUCACUCCAAUCUGCUUGGGUUCUCGAUUUCUGUUGGUUUUGUUUUUUAUUGUAUUUUUUUGUGACCUGUAAGACCGGGCUGAUGAGAAUCUGGUUGGCCCCAGUUUUUGACCAGGCCCGCUGCUCAAGACAAGCCUUGACGAGGAAGAGACGCUUCAGGACGCUUGCAGUUUUAAUGAGUUGCCAUCAAGGCGAGAAAUUGAAAUACCUUAACUGCUAUUGUAUUGUAGUAUUUUGAAAGAGAAGUUAUUAACAUGUAGAUUAGUCUACUUUAUUAAAAAAAGCAGCAGCAAUGUUUACAAUAGUGUAUAUUUAGAUUGAUGGGCACUCUGUGUGUGAAUGCUUCAGAAGGGUGGAUGCCUUACUCCUGCACUUAUAAUACACCUUCACCAAUCGCAAGCCAUCUAGAGGAUAUACUGCCGUCCUAUUGGCCCCACUGAUGUUCCACUUACACCGUCCAAUAGGAACAAAGCAUUAACAAUACCAGCCUUUUACUGUGAAGAGUGGUUAUGUUAUAAAUCUAAGAUUUCACUCAAGAUAUUGGGUUUAAAAAAUAUAUAAAUAAAGAAACGAAAAAACAAA